CAAUUUCACAAAAAGAGCUCUUUCCUCUAGUUUAGGUAAAUUUAAAAUUUGAAUCCUCUAGCAAAAGAAAGUAGGUAGGUAUAUAGUAAAAAUUAUCAAAUAUAGAGGCGUCUAAACUCUAAAAGAUAACAUACUAAGAUGCUAUACCUAUUAAGUAUGAUUUUUUUAAGGACUUUAAAUUACUAGAUUUUAGAUUGAACAUGGAAAUAUUUAUGUACCUACUCUUAUAAUCUUGCUUCUAUAAUGUUCUGCCUCUUUUUUCCUUAUUGAAUUUCGUUCAAGAAAUAUAAAUGAACAUCAGCCAAUUAAAUCAAUUGAGCACAACUACUAUUUGUGCUGUAAGUUACCAUGGAAAAGUAAUCUUGGUUUCAUCGAUAAAACACUGGAACUGAAACAAACAAGCUAUUGUAGCAAAUUUAGUUGAAGCGAUUAUGCCAAAAGGUAAAAAGAAAAAACCGAAAAAUAAUAAAAAUGGCGAUAAAAACAAGAAGAAAGGCGGUGGGAAACCGAAAAAGGGGACUGGAAAGAAAGCAAGAUCUAAAAGUGCAAGAUGUAAUGUGGAUAUUUUUACGGAAGCGGCAAUGGAAAAUGCUUACACCACUUGCCACAAUGUCCAAGAUUUACUACGCUGGAGGGGAUUUCCUUGGCCUGAUGCACAGAAAAAGAAAAAGAAGGGAAAGAAAUAGAGUAUUAAUAUAUCACUAGCACCUAGGUGCUAAUCAGUAUUUUUUUUCAAAUAGCCACUUAAAUUUAAUGAAUAUAUAAUAAAGCGAGAAAAAGGUUGAAGUUUUAUUUUGAAAUUAAAGGAGUAAGGAAAUCAAAUCAAGAGCCGGAAAUAGUUCAUAUUUUAAUUAUUACCGGCUCUUGAAUCAAGACUAAAAAAUUUUACUUAGAGGAACUCAAGAGUCACUGUUGAAUUAUAUAGGAAAUCAAGAGCAGAAAACAUUUGAGAUUUUGAUUAUUA